GAUUUUUGGCUCCCCCUCCUUUUCUCUGUAGGAAAUUGGCUGCAACAAUUGCUAAAACUCCUCUUGCACCAGGAACCCCCAAGAAAAGUUCUCUCAGAAGCCAGGCAAGGCAAGCCAGCUUAGUGAGUGCACCGCAGGGGCAAGAUGCUGGCUGGCGGUUGGGUUUGAGGAGCAGCUGUGAGGUGAGGAGGAGGCUGCACGAUGUCUGUCACAACAGGAGAGUAAUGACCGGACUCAGAGGCUGGAGUAGGAUCCACAGCACUGGACCAGAGGAGAAGCAGGUAGAAGAAACUCUUGAACUUGCCCAAGGAGCUUCAAUGGCUGCCUUCCUCUCUCUUGCACCCAGCUUUGGCCCCAGCCACAGCCAGCGUCCAGAAAGGGAACCGAUCGCAGCCACUUCCUAUUAUCUGUGGCUUGAGCAAGCGGUGGUGGUGAGAAGCAGACAGCUUUGGACUGGGAACAGGAGAGAACCGGAGAGGAUGUGAGCAGUCUGAAACCUACAGAAAGAGAGGUUUGCAGGCUGUGCGCUCUGCAGGUGGGGAGCUCCUGAUCUACACCUUUCCCGCAUCUUCCAGAAUGACCCCGGACUGGCACAGUUCCUUGAUCCUCACAGCAUACAUCCUUAUCUUUCUUACUGGGCUCCCUGCCAACCUGCUGGCCCUGCGGGCCUUCGUGGGCCGGGUUCGCCAGCCCCAGCCUGCCCCGGUGCACAUCCUCCUGCUUAAUCUGACCCUGGCGGACUUGCUCCUGUUGCUGCUCCUGCCCUUCCGGAUCGUGGAAGCAGCAUCCAACUUCCGCUGGUACCUACCAAAGAUCGUGUGCGCACUCACGGGCUUCGGCUUCUAUAGCAGCAUCUACUGCAGCACGUGGCUGCUGGCGGGCAUCAGCAUGGAACGCUAUCUGGGAGUGGCCUUCCCGGUGCAGUACAAACUAUCCCGCCGGCCACUGUAUGGAGUGAUCGCCGCUCUGGUGGCCUGGAUCAUGUCCUUCGGCCACUGCACCGUUGUCAUCUUCGUUCAAUACCUGAACUCAACGGAGCGCCAGAACCUAACGGAGCAGGAGGGCACCGAGAACCAAAUAACCUGCUACCAGAACUUCACCCAAGAGCAGCUGGAUGUGGUGCUGCCUGUACGGCUGGAGCUGUGCCUGGUCCUCUUUUUCGUCCCCAUGGCGGUCACGAUCUUCUGUUAUUGGCGUUUCGUGUGGAUCAUGCUCACGCAGCCCCACGUUGGGGCUCAGAGGCGACGGCGGGCAGUGGGCCUGGCUGUGGUGACACUUCUUAAUUUCCUGGUGUGCUUUGGACCUUACAACAUGUCCCACCUGGUGGGGUACCACUUGAGGCAGAGCCCCUCGUGGCGGGUGGAGGCGGUGGUAUUCAGCUCCCUCAAUGCCAGCCUGGAUCCUCUGCUAUUCUACUUCUCCUCCUCGGUGGUGCGCAGAGCUUUUGGCAAAGGUUUGCUGCUGUUCCGUCAUCCUGGCUCUUCUGUGCCGGGCAGGGGAGCCAAAGAGACAGUGGAGGGGACCAAGACGCACAGGAGUGGGAGCCAAGCAGAAGGGGUACAGAGUUCUGACUUCGGCACCGAGUGAGUAGAGAGUCCCUGGAGCUUCCCGAGCAUCUGGGCACCCAGAAGUUGGUCUGGUUAGCAGAGCUCCUUGAGCCUUGGUAAAAGGUAAAAGAUUAAAAAACAAAAAACAAACAAACAAACAAGACACCCCCACCCGCCCAUCUGCCCCUGCCCUCUCGGCUCAGCAGAACAGCGUGACUGAAUUCUCCUGGCCAGAGAAGCACAGGUCCAGGAUAUAAGAAGAAGCGGCUAGAGCCCUAAACCACAGCGGGCUCAGGGGCUCAGAAGCAAGGUGACUAAUAGGAGUGCAGUUAUAAAAGUGAUUUUUUUCCUUCAAGCUUGGACACACCACCCAGAGACAGUGGUCUGGCUGGUGAUGCUGGAAAGAAGCCGAUGGAAAAGACUGGGGGGAGAUGGUGGGAAGAAGAGGAAUUCUGGGAAGGCUCUAAGGCACGCCGUGCCGGGUGGACAGGACUCCCAUCUCCAGUGAUCCUGGCCGUUCUGUAUCCGACUGGGCCGUCCUUUGCAUAUGUGCUCCGCUGCCUUUCAUAUUUCCGUCUUGUCCCCACUGUUACACUGGGGUCUGGGUUAGGGGUUUAUCCUCGGUGUCACCUCACCAGGACCAGGAGGUGUCUUGGUUCCUCUCUGUCUGGCAUUGACAAUUUAAUCCUGCAUGGAAGGAUUAAAAAAAAUUACCUGGUUUGGCAGGUUAAAAAAUAAAGAUUCUGAAAGUCUGA